AUGCCGUCGCGAGAGCACAGGCAGCUAAUCACUGUGAGCUGCCCGCCCCUUCGGGGCUCCCUUCAUGCGGAAUGGGGCUGCCCGGAAGGCCAGCUGGGGCCGGAGCUCCUCGUCGACCCGGGCUUUCUCGGGGCAAGCGGGGCCUGGACGACUUACCUGAAGGAGCCAGACGGAGCUAGCUUCAGCUUCACCGGAAACGGCGUGGCCGUUGAUGCAGCGGCGGAUGAUGAUGAAACACCAUGGCACGUGCAGCUGACGCAGCCAGUCUCUUUGGACCAAGGUGGCACUACGGAAUCCUUUUACAGCCUCUGCAUCCAGGCAUCUUCGAUGCAGGCCGGUAAAAUACAGUUCGCCGUGGAUGCUGACGGCGCGCUGAACUUUGCCGUGGCCGGUGGCGGGGUGCGUGCCCAGAUGAGCUUAGCAGGCGAUGGCCGCCUCAGGGAUCAUUGCUUCAGCUUCCGCUUGGGGCCGUCGGAGUUUGUGUACCAAGGGCGAGUUGCCUUGGACUUGGGUGCCGUGAAGGAUGUCGAGGUGUGCCAUGCCUCACUGAAGCGCUGUACGUCGCGCCCCAGCGUGGCUGCCAUUAUGCCAGUGCGGCGGUGUUAUCUCGCACCGCCACUCGGACAAGCUCUCGGAGGGGCUGGGCUGCACAUUGCUGGACCGCCAGAGCGGCGCAAAUUUCCAGAGGCAUGGUCAGGCUGCUCGUCCCGCAAGACUUUGCUUGGUGGUUCGGGUGAAGAGCAGGUGCCUGCAUUCUCGGACCUGCACAUGUUGCUAACCUUUCUUCUUCCUGCCAGCCCAAACUUCAUCAAAAAAGGAAACGACUGCGAAGCGGGCGUGCCUACAGGAGAUGCGGGCCCUCGCAGGCACUGUGAAAUCUGGCGUUGUUCCUCCAGGGCUGCAUUGGUCGAAGCAGCAACGAGCUACGACUCCAAGGAUGUCUUCAGCGAACUUUGUGAGUACGAGGAAACAGCGGCCGGGCGGCGAGGCACCGAGAAGAGGUCGCCAGUAUACGUGCAGCUUUGGGAGUGGAACUUUGACGAUAUUGCAAAGGAGUGUGUGAACUACCUUGGCCCCAACGGGAUCGAUGCCGUGCAGGUCUCACCGGUCACCGAGCACAUCCUGGGGUCGGAGUGGUACACCAAGUAUCAGCCCGUUGGCUUUGGUCUCCACUCCCGUUCCGGCAGCGAGGCACAGUUCGCGCAGAUGAUUGCGAAAUGCCGUGGUGCUGGCGUCCAGGUCAUCGUGGAUGUGAUCUUGAAUCACAUUGCCGCGCCAUGCCAGGCUGCCAUCGAGGCUGGUGGUGCGGCCGUGAUGCCCUGCAAGGGCUGGGCCGGGUCGGCCUAUGGCAACCGGCGGAUCAACUCUCAGGAUGGCUGGAAGGGCCCGGAACUUUUCCACAACCGCCAGGAAAUCGAUGGCAACCGCCUUGGCAACUGCCCCGUGGAGGAGCCCAGCUUCACGUGCCCUCAGAGCGAGCCCCCUGGUGACUGCACGAGAUGUGACUUCAAGGGCCUCCCCGACUGGAACACUGGCCUGCAGCCCACGCGCGACAUCCUGACGAAGCAUCUCACUGAGUUGCAUGACCUUGGCGUGACGAUGCUACGUCUUGAUGCUGCAAGUUAUGUCUCUGUGGAGGAUCUGGCAGUGAUCAUCAAUCAGUUGCCCUGGGACCUGGUGUACCAAGAGUGGUGGGGCGGCGUUCCGCUCGAUGAGAGGACGGUGGCAGUGGGCCACUACCGAGAUCAGAAAUACGGACUGAAGAUUACCAAUGCCUUGGGCGUGGGUGAUGUCAAAUACAUGCCGGAGCUCUUGAACAUCAGCCACGGCAUCGAUGGCAUCUCGCCGGAACGUGCUGUCUACCCGCUGACUUUUCACGACCAGAGGACUUUCGAGGCUGAUCGCUUCAUUCCCACAUUCAAAAAUGGACUGGAGUUCCAUCAGCAGCAAAAGUUCAUGCUCGCCUGGCCAUCAGCGGUUUCUGUGCGCCUUUUUGGUGGCUUCACCUUCACCAAUAUGGACGCUGGACCUCCCGGAAACUGUGGAAACGGACAGUGCCAGCCGUUCCCGGUGUAUAUGUUCAACGAUGCAGAGCCUCGCUGUAUGCCCACUCCGACGGAAUCCCCCUUGGCAACUUCGUACGAGGGCUGGGUGUGCGAGCACCGCUGGGAGGGCAUUGCUGGCCUCGUGGCUUUCCGGAAGGCGUGUCGUGGGCAACCCAUCACGCAGACAUGGUCGGAGUCGACCGUUCCAUCUGUAGGUCUAGGACAAUUUGCCUUCCGCGCCGGUGGUGACUGCUUCGCUGCCCUUGUGCGGGGGGACAAUACGCGGUGGCCCAACUACUGGGGCGACCUGGGACCUUGGCGACAUGGCCUCUCUGACGACCCUGCGCUGUUGGGAUCGACGGAGCUGCCCCAGGGAGGUCGUAAUUGGUUCGGAUGGCUCGGUGGUUACGGGAACGGUGCCUUGACUGCAGAGCGUCAGGGCCGUCAGGGUCCGCUCCGCUCAUCAGGUCGCAACGAGCUUAUAGGCCUGGACGACACCACCGAGCCUUUCGUGUGCAACCCAGAGGAUGUGGACGAGAACGAACUGUCGCAGCCUGAAAUCAAUAUCUUCAAUAUCGAGGGCUCGGGGAUCAAGGGACGGACGGCUGACAGACGCAGGCCAGUUGAGGUAGAAGCGUUUGCGACGACCUUGCUGUUCGCCUUCAUGCGUGCAGCGAUGCGACCUGGGCAGAAGCUCUUCGAGUCGGGGCCGGACAACUCGACAUGCUAUGUCCAAUGUCCGUCUACAACGGACCUGCAAGAGACAGUCUACCUGAAAUGCAUGGAUUACUUUUCCUAUGCGCAUGCAAGGCUUCUCUACUGGCUUAGCUGGCUCGUCUUGCUGCUGCCUUCAUCUGCGUUGCUGCGGCGGCGUAGUGUAGCAGCGGUGUUGUCGGACCCCUCUCUGGAGACAUGCUCUCCAUUGGUGAAUCACGAGAGCUUCUCGUCGGUAGAAGUGCGGCUAGGGACACCUGCCCAGAAGUUAAACCUGGUGGCAGACACGGGCAGCAACAAUGUAAUCGUGAUGUCCUGUGCCUGCCUUCUGACGAAGAGCUGCCCCGAGUCCUUUGGCACUUGCUUCCGAGGCGAGAACGCCUCAAGCACCUUCAUGCUGCGGAGUGCCUCUGUCCUGGGCAGCGUCCCACGGGAAAGCUCGGGCUCGCCAGCGCCACUGCCCGAGUCGCUGCUCAUCGAGUUCGGCUCGGGUCGAAUCGGUGCCUUCGUUGCUAGCGACGUGGUCCACGUUGGCUCCGUCCGAACUUUCUUGGAGGACUCCCUGCUGCUCAUGGUGAAGCAGAAACUCAGCGUCCCGGGCCCCUUCGAAGGCAUCCUUGGACUUGGGCAGCCACCGCAGGGCGAGGCGGCCGCCAAGAAGCAGCUAGUAUCUGGCUUCUUGGAGCAGGCAAGCAUCCAGCGAUUCUCGAUGUGCUUCAACUAUGAGGGCGAUGGUGUGCUCGGCCUUCACGUCAACCAGUCCCCUUCGCAGUGGCUGCGAUCUCUGGGCCAACUGCACUGGGGCUUGGAGCUGCAGGGCAUCUCCGUCGGCUCAGGCGAGAUUUCCUUUUGCGCUCCGAAACACAAGCAGCCGGGUCAGCGAACCGCCUGUGGGAUGAUCCCGGACUCGGGCACCACUCUCAUCAAUGGCCCCCGCGAGCAAGUGCUGCAGCUCUAUGAGGAGAUUUGCCGCAGCUGGCCGCGCUGCAUGGAGGCGCAGGUGGCAUUGGAACAGGAGCUCGGAAACCUGACCGCCGAGAACCAGACAUUGAGUGGGGUUUCGCUGCUUCAGCACGGAGUUCCGGGACUGGGUACCAAAGCGAUCAUCGCCAAAGUGCUUCACAUCCUCGCAGGCACUUUCGCCGCAUCCAGGAUGCCCAAUGCCACGUCUGCGGCCAACCGCACGCAGGCAGUCAAGCGAGGAAGCCGUCGUCUCUUUGCCCUGGAUUUGCAGCGCAACGAGACUCCAAGACGGGCUGGUGAAGCCACGACAGGUGGUCGAGCACUGAGCAUCCAGCCCUCAGACACCUUUCAGCUGCUGCUCCGCCAUUGUGCCGAGUGGAUCGAGCAGGUCAACGUGGACGAUGAACUGCCAGAGCUCAGCUUCCACGUGGCUGGAGCGGAGGCCGCUGGGCAGAGGCUGACCUUGCGUCCAGCCGCCUAUGUCCUGCAGGUUCCCGAUGAGCUCCCCCCUCCCUGCCCGCGGCAGUCGCUAGAGCGACAGUCCCUCUACCGAUAUGUGGAUGCCCAGUUCGGAAAUCCACCAUGGAGACAAGGCAUCAUCAUCCAGCGCAAAUCGCGAAGCGCGCUGGCACAGUUCAUGGUCAUGGUUCGAGCGGUCGAUCUUGCAUCCCUGCCAAGCUCAGUGCAGAUCACGACGAUAGACAUAGAAAGCCGAAAAUACAUGCUAGUGGAAGGCGGAGAGCAUCAGUUCGUGACCAAAGUACCGCUGGAGCCUUUUGCGGCACUGGAAGUCAACGGUGCCACUCUUCUGAAAGAAGCAAGGCGAUGGAUGUCGGAGACAGAAGAUAUUCACACCGCCACCGCUUCAGAAGAGGCAGACGGUCCCAAAGUCAAUGUGGAUCACUUCCUAGAUGUUCAAGAGCCGAGCGAGGAGAGUUCCAGCUCGGAAGCCAGUUCCGAAGCAGAGAAGGACAAAGAGGAGGUAGACGACGAGCUACUCCGACUGCUACGGGAAGCGAGAAAGAGCAGUCGAGGUUUUGGUGGAAAGAGCGCAAGCUCCGCCGAGCCGAGAGGCAAGAGAGACACGAACCACAAGAAGUUGAAAAGCUUCGCUUUGUUCGAGGGCGAGACCGCCAAGCACAAGUCCGCUGGAAGCAGGGAGGACAACUUGACGGAAGCGCUACAGAAGCUUCUGUUGACUUCGGCAAGUUCGACCAAGAAGCCAGACGCCCAGACGCUCCAGACGCUGUUGAUGAUGAAGAUCCUCAGCGACAACUCAGCCCAAGAAGGGAAAGAGCAAAAAGCUCAGGGACACAAAGGUUCAGCGCGUGCUUUCCGGCGUCACAGAAAAGCACAAGAGGCCAUGUGGAAGAAGCCCAUGAAGCACGUUCGGACUUACAUCGACGAGGUCGAGACCGAGCUGGGCGUGGAUGGUGGGGACAAGCCGUACCAUCUGUGGGACUACACCCGAAGGAUUCCUUUUGGGAAGCAGAAGGGGCUCUUUCGGGUCGCGCUGGACGGAGGCAACUGGGAAGUCGGCUGGGCGCUCACAAGUCUGAAGGACCCGCUGGCACGAAAGCGGUGGGGCGGCGAGCCUGCUCAGCUGGAAACUGCUGCAGAGUACCUGCGAGCUGUUCAAGACUUGGAAAAGCGCACCGAGCAAGCUGCUUGGUGGAACCAGACUCAGGAGCAGCAGGAGCCCGAGGGCGCGGAAAGCGACAAAGUGUGGAAGCCGCCUGCUCUAGGGAAGGGCGGCCGAAAGGGCAAGGACAAGGGCGACAAGCCUGCGGCUCGCAGUUUUGACUUUUCUCUCUUUCCGUCUCCGUUGCCACUGCCCGAGACCGUAGGCUGCGCAACGCUGUGUGUCCUCACCUUGGCCCAAAUCGAGGCAUUGCCUCCCUUCUUGAACAGCUCGAGUUUGCACGUGCACGAUAUCACCUGCGUGGUGAACGGCUCGCGCAGUUCCUCACAAUGCCGGAAUGGGUCCCCGCGACCUCAGAAUUCCACAGAGCAGCGACUGUCCUGGGCAGUCUCACCGCAAGGCCCGAUGUUCACCCAGCUGCUGCUCCACCCGUGGGAAUCCAUCCGUGGAAGUGCUGACGACAUUUCGAAUUACUUCCAUCUGUUGAAGCACCAUGACGGUUGGAUCCCCCGCAAUGCAGUAGGAACUCACGAAGCGAUCUUAAAGGAGGCCGGUUGCUUACGCGAAGCUGAGACGCUUCAGUACGGCAGGUACCGCCUCGUCAAGGGGUACCGACUCUUGCAAGAAUACCUGUCGCAUGCCGGCAGCUCCUUGAAGCACGUUUCCAAGCGGCGCAAGCUUCUUGAUGCUUGCUUGGAAGGUUUCGUUAACUGGGCAUAUGAUAGCCGAGGACCGCAGUUCCUCAGCGUGGCAAAGCACGGUCUUUUAGUGGUUCAGUUGCUCUACCCUCACUAUCGGCGCCGCCUGCCGUGUGCUUGGCAAACUUUGCUUGCUUGGGAGGAGGCCACUGAGGUCCGGGUCCGGCCGCCUUUGCCGCUUUCUGUUUUGGCUGCGUUUGUAGUGUUUGCUCGUGCGCAAGCUCUUGUCUGUGAAGCUGGCCAGCAGCUCGUGUGGCGCUGCUUUGCGGCUGCGCUAGAACUGGGAUUCUUUGGCUUGCUGAGGCUCUUUCUGCUCGACUUUGAUAUCCCGCUCGAAAGGAAGGAGCAGGUCUGCAUGCCGGCCUUCGCGGUGGACGACUACCGCACGGAGCAGAACGGAGAUGUGUGGAUCAUGGGUACGCCGUUGUUCUACGAGUACACGGUGCACUACGAUCGCACAGCGGGUGCGCCCAGCAUGGCCUUCAGCUAUGCAGGCUCGGGGGCCGAGCCAGAGCAGUCCGAAGGGCAGUCCUUUCAAGCGAACUCGAAGUGUUCGACCGCGGAGUGCAACUGCCCCAACCAGGGCGAGCGCAUCGUUCGCGAUGGUCCAUCUCUGCUCAGUGAAGGAGAGGUGUUGAAGUCUGGCGACACAGUCGUCCAAGGUCGUUUGCUAGCUAACUUGAUCUGCAUUGGGCUCCCCGAGACGCCGCUGGGUUCGCUGUGCCCGAAGGGCACGAGACGGUACCUGGCGGCGAUUGCUUAUAACGCUUCGGGUGAAGGGCGCACAAAGCACCAUGCUGAGCAGUCUCGCCUGAAGGUCACGGCCUACGUCAGCCCCAAGAGGAUGUUCGGUCGUUUCGCAAUACACGGUUUUGGCGAGACCGCUCUUGAGAAAGAUCCCACCGCGAUGUGCAAAGAAAGGUUCGUGAAGCAACAGCUCGUGAAAGGUUGUUCGACUGCAGACUCUAGUGACGUCUGGAAAAUCGAUGGAAGCGACACCUGCCUUGCCCCGUUUGCUGUAACCGCAAGUAGGCAGCCAGAAGGAUCGAACGAGCGGGAGCUAUCCAAAACAUUUGGAGAUGUUUUCACAUUUUCGUGCUGUGACGACAGAUCCCGGGACUAUACCAGUGAGGACCACCACUGUCCCUGGAUCAACAACUGCGUGGGUCUUUCGAACCAGAAGUUGUUCAUCCUCUUCCUAGUUUACACCUGCGCGAGCGCGGUCUUCACUCUGGUCCUCCUCGCCGGGAGUGCCUUCUACUGGCUGUGGAGCCAAAAGAAUUGGUCGGAUGCACCACCUCCCGGCUCGGCGUCGCUGAUCUGCACUGGGAUGGUGGCAGUCGAGUGCUUCGCUGCCGUACUCUUCGUGAGUGACUUCCUCCAGGAGCAGGUGGAGUCGAUUCAGAUGAACUCAACGUUGGUCGAGACGUACCAGCGAACACAUGGGACACGGUCGACAUUCUACAACCAUUUCGUUACUGUCUUUGGCGCGUCCUGGUGGACAUGGCCGCUGCCGUACCCUUCUGCCCCACUGCCUGCUGCCCGGUCCGAGUAG